UCUUGCCGGAAGAGGAGACGGUGGUGCAUAUGCCUCCCACACUUCAGGAAAUGUCCGUCUAAAAUCAGGAGGAAGUUCAGACGCCCUCUGUGAUUGGAUCAUAGUACACAGACCACUCCUUUUCAGAGGUAUAAAUAUGAAAGGUGCCAGGUGCAUUUCUUUAUUCCGGACAUCAACGUCAACCUGGAUUUGACGAUGAAGAAACUCGUCUUAUUUUUGCUGUUUGCUGGAAAUUUCUUGGAGAGCUGCAGAGACAGGCUCACAAUGCAGAGCGGCAGGCUCGGAGAACCGAAAAGACAGGAUGAAGCAACAGAAGGAGAGCCUCUUCCUGCCACCACUAAGCGGAUCCAGGCGGUGGAAGGCCAGAACGCUACAGUCCGGUGUCGCUUCAAUCACCCCGACAGCUUCAUCGCUAAAGCAGUGGAGUGGAUAUAUAACAACUCCAAGAUCGUCCUCUUCUCUCGACGUGUUGGAUGGAUUCCUCAUGAAGUAGCAGAUGCUCAAUUCAAAUACAGGACUUCUGUGAACAGUACAGACCUGACCAGAGGAGUCCUGUCUGUGACCAUCUUAAAUGUGACUCGGUCUGACAGCGGGAUCUACACAGGUACCGCCGUACACAAGUUUAAAAACGACGAGGUCACAUGUUCUGCUGAAUUGAUCGUUGAACCCAAAGACCCACAGACCGGGACCAAGAGAAACCCCUCCAGCCCAUCUGCACCCCCACCUGAAGGAGAUCCUGAUGCUGCAGAGAACAGGAACGAUGUCUGGAAAAUUGUCCUUCCCUGUUUCCUAAUUCUUGCUGUGCUGUCAUCGCUGUAGCUGUCAUUGUGAUCCUGGUGAAACGUGGAGUGAUGACCGUAAGUUCCUGCUCUACAGAAUCAGUUUGGGAGUCUUGCUGAAACACUGUACUUAAAUACACAUGGGGUAGGAUUUCCUAGAAGCCCAUGCAUUGACUCGUACUAGAUAAUUCCUCUGCAUCAUCAAUCUGCCUGUGUUUUCUAUUUCAAACUCACUGUUUAGAGGAUAGGGUGGCUCAUUUUAGAGUAGUUGUUCUGACACAGACCUCCUUGUUAACCGAUCAUUGAGCAAUAGUGGAAAGAUCAGUGCCUUGCAUGCAGAGGUGCUGUGCUGGAAGUGCCUUAAACAUUUGAACACACCACGAGGACUUUAUCCAACUAUCAUGUGUGAGAGGAGGUAACUCUGUAACCACAGGAGACAGUAGCUGCUUUAAAUUCAGAUCUGUCUUAAUGUCAUUUGUGUGAAAAGAUCAACAAGCCGUGUGCAAAUGUGUAUCUGUCAGCGGUGGGAAGUUACAUUUCUGAGGUAGAACAGAGCUGUCUCUGCCGUCUGACGCUCUAUCUGACACCGUCUUCAUAUUUCUGGAGUCAUGAGACAGUUUCUGAUGAACAUACAUAUUGUUUUCUGGCAUCACUUUUAAAUGUUAAGGGGAAAUCUGCAUUUGGGUUUGAGGGUGCAGCGCUCCUGUUCCCCGCUUUAGACAAAUCCCUGCUUCUACUCCACUACAUAAAAAAACAAUAUUGCAGUUUUCUUCCACUGCAUUUCCACAGGGAUUUGAGCCUUUGAAGACCAUUUACAUGCACACAAACCUACAGAACACUACAGGAGAGGAAGGGAACCCCCCUGAAGCACAGCAGGGUCUCAGUACACAUCGUAAAGAGUCUCUAACACUGUGUUUAAAAUGUUUCACAGGGAUUUGUGAGAGACAAGGAGAGCCGGUGGAAAAUGGGGAUGAACUGAAGUGCUGCAGAAGAAAGCCUGAUGGGGUCAGAGGUCAAAGACGACAACAACAACCCCUCCAGUAAUGUUAGAUUAGGGAGUUAUCAAGUAAAUAAUGUACAUAUAGAUAUCAUUUAGUCAUAUUGUUUUUAUUUCCUUUCCCUUGCCUUUUCUUUUGUAGUUUUUAACCUGUAGCUCUUUGAUGAUAUAUCUGUAUAUAGGCAUUAUAAAUCAAAUGUAUUAUUAUUAUUAUAUUCAUUUCCAAAU